CAGCAGCAGCUGCAGCACCACCACCACAGCUUCUCAUCCUCCUCCGAUGCCGUCUCGUCCUCCUCAUCCCCAUCGGACCAUUCUCACCACUCCCUCCACAUGACCUCAUCAUCGGCCUCCACGCCGUCGUCCGCGGCGGCGACUCAAUCGGAAAAGCCUCCCAUCGUAUCGAUUCCGGCGGCGGAGGAUCCGGCUGUGCCGCGGGACGCCGCCGGGGGGCAGGAGUCCGUGACGGUGGAGCGGCGGGGCGAGUUUGGAGCGGUGUGUAAAUGGAGCAUCUUCAAUUUCCCUAAGGUGAAAGCUAGGGCACUGUGGAGCAAGUACUUUGAAGUCGGAGGCUACGAUUGUCGCCUCUUGGUUUACCCUAAGGGUGACUCUCAAGCUCUUCCUGGUUACAUCUCAAUCUACCUCCAAAUUAUGGACCCUAGGGGGAGUUCUUCGUCGAAAUGGGACUGCUUUGCUAGCUAUCGUCUCGCUGUUGUGAAUUCCAAUGAUGAAUCGAAGUCAAUUCAUAGGGAUUCGUGGCACAGGUUCUCUAGCAAGAAGAAGUCUCACGGUUGGUGUGAUUUCACCCCCUCUGCUUCGAUUCUAGACCCUAAAUCUGGUUUUUUGGUUAAUAAUGAUUCGAAUUCGAUACUUAUUACUGCGGAUAUACUUGUAUUGAAUGAAUCGCUUAAUUUUACCAGAGAUAACAAUGAAUUACAAUCGAAUUCGAUGUUGUCCUCGUCGGUGCCAGUUGGUGAUGUUUUGAGUGGCAAGUUUACUUGGAAAGUUCACAAUUUUAGUCUAUUCAAGGAGAUGAUUAAGACACAGAAGAUAAUGAGCCCGGUUUUUCCGGCUGGAGAGUGUAACUUACGGAUAAGUGUUUAUCAGAGUUCGGUUAAUGGGGUUGAUUACUUAUCUAUGUGUUUGGAGAGUAAGGAUACUGAGAAGACAAUAGUUUCGGAGCGCAGUUGUUGGUGUUUGUUUCGAAUGUCAGUGUUGAAUCAAAAGCCAGGGUUGAAUCACAUGCACAGGGACUCUUAUGGGAGGUUUGCAGCUGAUAAUAAAAGUGGGGAUAAUACGAGUUUGGGGUGGAAUGAUUACAUGAAGAUGUCCGAUUUUAUUGGGCCAGAGUCGGGGUUUUUGGUGGAUGAUACCGCAGUAUUCAGUACAUCUUUUCAUGUGAUAAGGGAGCUUAGUAGCUUUUCUAAAAAUGGGGGGUUGACUGGAGGAAGGGGUGGAGGAUGUGGUGCAAGGAAGUCUGAUGGGUACAUGGGGAAAUUCACUUGGAGAAUCGAGAAUUUCACAAGGUUGAAGGACCUUCUGAAGAAGAGGAAGAUUACAGGUCUUUGCAUCAAGAGCAGGAGAUUUCAAAUCGGGAAUCGAGAUUGCCGGCUUAUUGUUUAUCCCCGAGGGCAGUCUCAACCACCAUGCCACCUUUCAGUAUUUCUUGAAGUCACAGAUUCACGAAAUACUUCCAGUGAUUGGAGUUGUUUUGUGAGCCAUCGAUUGUCAGUAGUGAACCAGAGGUUGGAGGACAAGUCUGUUACAAAGGAGUCACAGAACCGCUACUCCAAAGCUGCAAAAGAUUGGGGAUGGCGUGAAUUUGUGACACUGACUAGUCUCUUUGAUCAAGAUUCUGGAUUUCUUGUUCAGGAUACAGUUGUAUUCUCUGCAGAAGUUCUUAUUUUGAAAGAGACGUCCAUAAUGCAGGAUUUUACUGAUCAGGAUACUGAGUCAAGCGGUGCUGGUUCCGAUGUAGAUAAAGCUGGGACAAGGAGUUUUACAUGGAAGGUGGAGAACUUCCUCUCCUUUAAGGAAAUAAUGGAGACCCGAAAAAUCUUUAGCAAAUUCUUUCAAGCUGGUGGAUGCGAGCUUCGGAUUGGUGUGUAUGAAUCCUUCGACACCAUAUGUAUAUACCUAGAGAGUGAUCAAUCAGUUGGCACUGAUCCAGAUAAAAACUUCUGGGUCAAAUACCAAAUGGCGGUUGUGAAUCAAAAAAAUCCUGCCAAGACAGUAUGGAAAGAGUCUUCUAUUUGUACAAAAACAUGGAAUAAUUCCGUUCUUCAAUUUAUGAAGGUGUCGGAUAUGCUGGAAGCAGAUGCAGGUUUUCUUGUACGUGACACUGUUGUUUUUGUUUGUGAAAUCCUGGACUGCUGCCCCUGGUUUGAGUUUUCAGAUCUGAAGGUUUUGGCUUCUGAGGAUGAUCAGGAUGCACUGACAACUGACCCUGACGAACUCGUCGAUUCUGAGGAUAGUGAAGUGAUAAGUGGGGAUGAAGAAGACAUCUUUAGAAACCUUCUUUCUAGAGCUGGGUUUCACCUCACAUAUGGAGAUAAUCCUUCACAGCCACAGGUCACUUUAAGAGAAAAGCUUCUCAUGGAUGCUGGUGCAAUAGCUGGUUUUCUGACUGGACUUCGUGUUUAUCUUGAUGACCCUGCUAAAGUAAAGCGCUUGCUUCUUCCAACCAAACUCUCUGGUGGUAAUGAUGGCAAGAAGGUCACCAAGAAUGAUGAAUCUUCCCCCAGUCUGAUGAAUUUGUUGAUGGGAGUCAAAGUUCUGCAGCAGGCAAUCAUUGAUCUACUCUUGGAUAUAAUGGUUGAAUGUUGCCAACCUUCAGAAGGAAGUUCUAAUGAUGAUUGCUCAGAUGCAAACUUUAAACCUUCUCCAGAAAGCAGUGGAGCUAUUAGCCCGCCAGAGUCUGAUAGGGAAACUGGAGCAAUAGAGUCUGCACCUCUCCCUAUACACGAUAGGUUGGAUUCUUGGAUAGAUGAAGGUACCAAUACAUCAGCUGUACAAAGUUCAGACAUGAAUGGAACUGUUAUACCUGAUAAAACUGUCCGUGCACCGCCUAUUUGUCCACCUGAGACAUCUGCUGCUAGUUCUUCAGAAAGUGCUUGUCUUCGGUCUAAGACCAAAUGGCCAGAGCAGUCUGAGGAGCUUCUGGGGUUGAUUGUGAACUCACUGAGAGCACUGGAUGGAGCAGUUCCACAAGGUUGUCCUGAGCCAAGAAGAAGGCCCCAGUCCGCACAAAAGAUUGCCCUUGUAUUAGAUAAAGCGCCUAAGCAUCUGCAGCCAGACCUGGUUGCAUUGGUACCGAAAUUAGUUGAGCAUUCAGAGCAUCCACUUGCUGCUUGCGCACUACUUGAUCGACUUCAAAGGCCUGAUGCAGAACCUGCAUUACGAGUACCUGUUUUUGGUGCUCUCUGCCUGUUGGAAUGUAGCGCUGAAGUGUGGGAACGCGCCCUUUCUCAAUCCUUUGAACUUUUGGCAGACUCAAAUGACGAACCUCUAGCAGCAACCAUGGAUUUUAUUUUUAAGGCUUCAUUGCAGUGCGAACAUCUUCCAGAAGCGGUUAGAUCUGUUCGUGUUAGGCUAAAAGAUUUGGGCACUGAGGUGUCCCCCUGUGUUCUUGAUUAUUUAAGUAGAAUGGUGAAUAGUUGCACAGAUAUCGCAGAAGCUAUUUUAAGAGAUAUUGAUUGUGACAAUGAUUUUGGUGACAAUGUUCCUGCAAUUCCCAGUGGGCUCUUCAUAUUUGGUGAAAAUGGGCCUACUUGUGAAAGAUUGCAUGCAAUGGAUGAGCAUACUUUUCGUCUUGGUUGUUAUUUUUCCGAUAUACAUAUUUUAAUUGAAAUGUUAUCAAUUCCUUGUCUUCUUGUUGAAGCUUCCCAAACUUUUGAGAGAGCUGUAGCUCGAGGGGCAAUAGUGGCUCAAUCAGUAGCUAUGGUCCUGGAAAGACGCCUUGCUCGGAGAUUAAAUUUUACUAAACAAUUUGUUACUGAAAAUUUUCAGAAUACAGAUGAGGUUGUAGAUGGAGAAGCCAUUGAGCAGUUAAGGGCCCAGAGAGAUGAUUUCACUUCUGUUCUUGGCCUUGCUGAGACAUUGGCCCUUUCCAGAGACCCCCAUGUGAGAGGGUUUGUGAAGAUGCUUUAUGCUAUUUUGUUUAAAUGGUACGCUGAUGAGUCUUAUCGAUUGAAGAUGCUGAAGAGACUGGUUGACCGUGCCACCAGCACGGCAGAGAGUAGUCGUGAGGUGGACUUAGAUUUGGAAAUUCUGGUAAUUUUGGUCUGUGAGGAGCAAGAAUUUGUUAGACCAGUUCUGAGUAUGAUAAGGGAGAUUGCUGAACUUGCAAAUGUUGAUCGAGCUGCUCUUUGGCAUCAGUUAUGUGCCAGCGAAGAUGAGAUUAUUCGUAUUCGUGAAGAAAGAAAAGCUGAGACCUCCAAUAUGAUUAAAGAAAAAUCUAUCAUAUCACAAAGGCUGAAUGAAUCUGAGGCUACUAACAGCCGUCUUAAGUUGGAAAUGAGGGCCGAGAUGGAUCGUUUUGCUCGGGAAAGGAAGGAGCUUUCUGAGCAGAUGCAAGAAAUUGAGAGUCAACUUGAAUGGCUUCGCUCAGAACGGGAUGAUGAAAUCGGAAAGCUCACUACCGAGAAAAAAGUUAUUCAGGAUCGUCUGCAUGAUGCAGAGACACAGCUCUCCCAACUAAAAUCCCGGAAACGUGAUGAAUUGAAGAGAGUAGUGAAGGAGAAAAAUGCUCUUGCAGAAAGAUUGAAGAGUGCUGAAGCUGCACGGAAAAGAUUUGAUGAAGAACUGAAACGCUAUGCCACAGAAAAAGUGACUCGAGAAGAAAUCCGGCAGUCACUUGAGGAUGAAGUUCGACGUUUGACACAAACAGUUGGACAAACUGAAGGGGAAAAACGUGAGAAGGAAGAGCAGGUUGCUCGCUGUGAAGCAUACAUUGAUGGGAUGGAAGCCAAGUUGCAGGCUUGCCAGCAUUACAUUCACAGCCUUGAAACUUCACUACAGGAAGAAAUGUCACGACAUGCCCCUCUAUAUGGUGCCGGAUUGGAAGCUCUAUCAAUGAAGGAGUUGGAGACACUCUCACGCAUCCACGAAGAAGGGCUGAGGCAGAUACGUGCCCUCCAACAGCUCAAUGGUAGUCCAGCUGGCAGUCCUCUUGUGAGUCCCCACACUCAUGGGUUGUACGCUGCUGCACCAUCUCCAAUGCCUGUUGGAUUGCCUCCUUCCCUCAUCCCAAAUGGGGUUGGGAGCAAUGGGCACGUGAACGGUGGUGGAAUUGGGCCUUGGUUCAACCAUACAUGAACACUACCUUUAUCGCUCUCAUACGAAAGCGGUAUUCUUCUAUUUUUUGAGUUUUUAUUCUGUUGGGUAUGUUGUUGGCUGGUAGAGCUGUUGGAACACUUUGGUGGGAAAAAGAAAUAAUGUAAAGAUUCUUGGAGAUGGAUGGAUGGGAAAAGGGCUGUGUUAGUAUUUUGGUAGAAUUGGGGAAUGGGGAAGUGAGUUCAACAGAAUUAAGGGUUGCAAAAUGCCAUACUUUAUCUCAAUUUUUUCUCUCAUAUUAAUCAAAAGUCAUUGAGAAAGUUUUGUCUA